AGGGUGGAGAGUAGGCGGAGCGUGGGUACUGCUCUGCUUGGCCCUCCUGGCUCUCAGCGCAGCUCUUGAUCCCUGCCUCCUCCGCCGCCUUAGUCUAGCUCGUCUCUGAACAGGCCGCAGUUCCCCGAUUUGCGAUUCCUGGGCUCAAAGCUCUGCGGCUACUGCGUCUGGUUGUCUCUGCUCCUGAGAGAUGACGCUCAAGUCGAGCGAAGGCGAGGGAGGGAACAGCAUGCGCACCGCACUUUCGGACCUCUACCUGGAGCACUUACUACAGAAGCGUAACCGACCUGAGACUUCAUUGAACCAGUCAAAUGUUACUACUGAGGACAUGUACACCAAUGGGUCCCCUGCUCCAGGUAGCCCUGCCCAUGCCAAAGGUCAGGAGGCUCGGAGAGUUCGUCUCAUACAAUUUGAGAAGAUCACAGAAGAGCCCAUGGGGAUCACUUUGAAGCUGAAUGAAAAACAGUCGUGUACCGUGGCCAGAAUUCUCCAUGGCGGCAUGAUUCAUAGACAAGGCUCCCUUCAUGUUGGGGAUGAGAUCCUAGAAAUCAAUGGCACAAAUGUGACUAAUCACUCAGUAGAUCAGUUGCAGAAGGCAAUGAAGGAAACCAAAGGAAUGAUCUCAUUAAAAGUCAUUGCUAAUCAGCAGAGUCGCCUUCCUGCGCUACAGAUGUUCAUGAGAGCACAGUUUGACUAUGAUCCCCAAAAGGACAACCUUAUUCCUUGCAAGGAGGCAGGACUGAAGUUUGUUACUGGAGACAUUAUCCAGAUAAUCAACAAAGAUGACAGCAAUUGGUGGCAGGGGCGGGUGGAGGGCUCCUCCAAAGAGUCUGCAGGAUUAAUCCCUUCUCCUGAGCUACAGGAAUGGAGAGUGGCAAGCGUGGCUCACUCUGCUCCAAGUGAAGCACCAAGUUGCAGUCCCUUUGGGAAGAAGAAGAAGUGUAAAGACAAGUACCUGGCUAAGCACAGUUCCAUUUUUGACCAGUUGGAUGUUGUUUCCUAUGAGGAAGUUGUUCGGCUCCCUGCAUUCAAGAGGAAGACCUUGGUGUUGAUCGGAGCCAGUGGGGUGGGUCGUAGCCAUAUUAAGAAUGGUCUGCUCAGUCACAAUCCAGAGAAGUUUGCGUACCCUGCCCCAUAUACAACACGGCCACCAAAGAAGAGUGAGGAAGAUGGGAAGGAGUAUCAUUUCAUCUCAACAGAGGAGAUGACGAAGAACAUCUCUGCCAAUGAGUUCUUGGAGUUUGGCAGCUAUCAGGGCAACAUGUUUGGCACCAAAUUUGAAACAGUGCACCAGAUUCAUAAGCAGGACAAGAUUGCCAUCCUUGACAUUGAGCCCCAGACCCUAAAGACUGUUCGGACAGCUGAGCUUUCACCUUUCAUUGUGUUCAUCGCACCUACUGACCAGGGCACUCAGACUGAAGCCCUGCAGCAGCUGCAGAAGGACUCUGAGGCCAUCCGUAGUCAGUAUGCUCAUUACUUUGACCUCUCUUUGGUGAAUAAUAGUGUUGAUGAAACUCUUAAGAAAUUGCAAGAAGCCUUUGACCAGGCUUGCAGUUCUCCACAGUGGGUGCCUGUCUCCUGGGUUUACUAAGCUUACAGAAUUGGCAAACAUGUUUCAGCCAGCAUUUGGAAUGCCACCUCCCCGCACCCCCUCCCUUGCUUAAGCCAAAAGGGUUGCUUCAACUUUUAGCUCUGCUGUUUUCUUACUCAGGCUCCUAAAGGGGUGAAGCUUUCCUACUAUCUACAUUUCAAAAUGAUCUCUGGAAAAUUGCCAUAAGAAUAACCAAAUGCAAUGCUACAUAGAUAAACCAACUGUCCCCCUGAAGCCUGAGCUCCUUUGCUUUCAACUAUAGAAUGUCUUUUUACUCUGGAAUAAAUAUCUUCUGAAAACUUUCUAAAAUGCCAAAAUCAAACAGCUGUGCAAUAGAAUGUCUGCUGUAGGGAAAAUCUUCCAAAGCAAUAAAAAUGCUGCUGUGUUAAAGUACCCGUGACCCUGUAACUCCAUUCCCAAUCUUAACCUUCCAAGCAAUGACAUUAACAUAAGAUCUCUGGGAAUUACCUGUCACUGCCUCUAUAGGUCUGGUAUUCACAAUGCACAAAGGCGUCUUCUCUAGGACUUGUUAAGUCGUAAGAGAAUGGUUUAAAACAUGUUACAAAAGCAGGGGCUGUUUGGGCAUUCUAUACCUGCCUAUGCUAUUAACAAUUUCCCCUAAAACUUGUGUUUAUAUUCUUGGUUUUGGGCACAUAUUUAAGCAAAGUUCCCUGCUCCCUCUGCAGUCAACACCAAAACUGGCAGUUUCCUACCUGGAGUACCUCCAACCUCUUCACAAGCCCAGUACAAUAUAAAUGCAUCUACCCCUUUCCUCUUAACCCUGGAUUAGUAAUGAUCUCCCUUGAGAGCAGAUAGGCCCCAGUGCCAAUGUAAGAAAGACUCAGAAUUAGGAAAUUUAAAAGUAGCCAAAGGAAAAGCAAAUUCAAAAUAGGACAUAAACCUCAGACUUUUAAUAAAAAUAUUCUCUCACUUU